UUGACCAGAUUGACACGUUGACAUCUGACCUGCAGCUGGAGGAUGAGAUGACGGACAGUUCCAAAACAGACACACUCAACAGCAGCUCCAGCAGCACAACAGCUUCUAGCCUGGAGAAGGUGAAGGUGCGGGGCAGUAUUCCGCUCAUCAAGCCCCCUGUGCAUCCCUCUGCUAUCCUCACUGUGCUGCGGAAGCCAAAUCCCCCUCCACCCCCACCACGACUGACACCUGUCAAGUGUGACAAGCCCCUGAGGCCACCUCCUUUGGCCAACCCUGUCAAGACUAAUGGUACCCUGCUGCGAAAUGGACCCAGCCGUAUCCCAAAUGGGGAUUUGUGCUGUAUGCCAAACAGUAAUUUGGACAGUGUUGUGAUUCCACCUCUAAUGCAUAGACCUGAGAAAGAGCGAUGUCCUCAGGCAGGAGCAAGGGAACGGGUACGAUUUAGUGAAAAAGUGCAGUAUCACGGCUAUUGCCCAGACUGUGACAUUCGGUAUAACAUUAAAAACAGGGAGGUGCACUUGCACAGCGAGCCUGCCCAUCUUCUGGAAGUGCUGCCUCAUCAGUGCCCUCCUCUGCCACCCCCACCGCCUCCGCUGCCUCCGUUUCCUCUAGAAAAUGGAGGGCUGGGGAUAAGUUCCAGUAACAGCUUUCCUCCUCCGAGACCUGUUACUGUGCCUCCACAAACUGCACCAAAACCCCAGAAGACCAUCUUGAGGAAGUCCACCACUACAACAGUGUGAUGUAUGCCACUUGAAAAAAACUUUUUUUCAUAUAUAUAAACAUAAAUAGAUAAUGAGCACUUUCUGCUUGAGCAAUAAGAAGACCCAGUGUAUUACUCCCAGUGUAUCCAGUGAAGUGGCAUAAAAGUCACACGGUAAGUAAAGAAGAAUUUUUUUUUGGUCACCAUAAAAUGCCUUUAUGGCUGAAAAGGAUGCUGAAAAAUACACAUGAUUUAGCUGACGGGUUGUAAACUUCUGUUGCAGUCUCCUAUCUGCAGCAUUGUUUAAAAGAAAGUGGAAAGAAAGAUCAGUUUGAAAGUACAAAGUGCUGAUUCCUGUUAGAUUUUCGUCUGUCCAACUUAAUGGAGUAAUCAUUGCUGCUGAAUUCUGGGAAGCUUUCUGUUUCCAGUCACUGUGCUUUAAAAUGCCAUUUGACAAAACAAAGUGGAGGUGGCAGAUAACACUUUUGACUGAAUUCUAGCAAAGACAUUUUUCUCUGCCUCGUUCUUGAGUGAAGGCCUUGUGCACGGAACCAUUCAAUAGGAACCAAUCCGGACUUUCAGGCAGCUUGACCUUUGGUGAGAGAGUAAAGAAGUAAUUGAAAGGUAUGUCAACAUGUCUUUGCAGAGCAAAAUCUUGCAAUGUGUUUCUCACUUGCUCAGUGUGCCACAGCCAGGGAGAAUGAGAGAGCUUUCAGGAGAGCAGGGACUGUCCCAUUCAGUUCCCCUGUGCUUCCUCUGCUUCCAUCUGCAGAGCAGUGGUAAUAUUUUAUCUUGCU